AACACAUGUACAUAGAAUGCAGAAUUCCUCUUCUUUAUCGGUUGGACUUUAGCACGAUGACCAAACCUGAUCAGUGUGGGCUCAUCCGAGCGACCUCCGCACCUACCUAGGCAGGGCACCGACGGCAGUAGAGACACAACCAACCUACGCAAUGCAAGUCAGAAGGAUACCACCAUACUGGGUUUUCAUGGCUUGUACCUUAGAUACUAGUUUAAUAACACGACCGCCAAAUGAGGUUUCCUGCCAAAGGCAAAAGUAGAGCACAUACCACAUCUGAACCAGAACGAGCGAUGUCUGUCAGUGAAGGCAAAAAAGGAAAGACCCCUGCGACAGACUUGGAUUGGUUCGGCUGUCACCCCUUCCCUAAACUCUAUGUCGAUUAUCAGCAGCGCGAUCGCUGCCCCUUAUCAGGGUGCCAUCUGAACAGCUGGGCAGGCAGAAGCAUCGUCCUCUCUAGGCCCGACCAUUCCGUCUGGGCAUCGACACGUGGGUGCAUGCCAUGGACAGCGGGUGCAAGGCUGGGCCCGUCUGCGGUUAUGGACGUAGCCGUCUCAGUGAUGUUUCGGGGUGUACGGCUAGGGGUGCUGUCACAUUUUGGCGCGGCCCUUUGGGUGGGCUUUAUUUGCGUUUUUGUUUGGACAGUGCUUCCUCUGGCGUUUCAGGUACGCUCCCUUCCGCGAGAGCCAACCAACCAACCGUAUUUACCCCCCUUUCCUCUCGGCGUCGUUAUCUGCUCUAGCCGCGUCGGCCAUCCGUUCGCCAGUCGAAAAAUAGACUGCUGGAGUGCAAGGGAUCGAAAUUUGACUUUCGAUUCUGCUCAUAUUCGUCGUUCUCUCCUCUUUCCCCUUCAGCCCUGGCGCGGACCGUUCCUUUUAGAUUCCACGCUGCGUCCACGAGUCGAUCCGCCACCACGACUGCAAGAAGCCAUACACGAAAUUGACGAGGUUGAGCCUCGGUCCCCGGACGCAUUCUCGUAUUCUCCUUUUUCUUUCUGAUGAGCCGCCGGUGAAGGAGCUGUCUCCGCCCCUCGCAAAGUCAACAAAACGAACCCUGGAGGUCUUACUAAGGAGGUCCAUUGUCACGAUCACGAAUACGAACUUGAGCAAAAGGAGGACG